GUGCCCCGCGAGCCAGCUGCGUUGCGCCUCCCGGCGGCGGCGCGGAGCCGGCCCGGCAGUCUGUCCGUCCCCGCCAGGCUCCGAGCGGGAGCCGCGGCCGCCCCGCCUCCCCGCGAUGCCCCCCAAGAAGCAGCAGCAGCCGGCGGGGAGCAGCAAGAAGGCGGACCAGAAGAAGAAGGAGAAGAUCAUCGAGGACAAAACAUUUGGCCUAAAGAACAAGAAAGGUGCAAAACAACAGAAAUUUAUCAAGGCUGUGACUCACCAGGUUAAAUUCGGUCAGCAAAAUCCACGUCAGGCCGCUCAAACAGAAAGUGAAAAGAAAUUAAAAAAAGAAGAUAAGAAAAAAGAACUACAAGAAUUAAAUGAACUCUUCAAGCCUGUGGUUGCUGCACAGAAGAUUAGCAAAGGUGCUGAUCCCAAAUCUGUAGUUUGUGCUUUCUUCAAGCAAGGACAGUGCACUAAAGGAGACAAGUGCAAGUUUUCUCAUGACUUGUCUUUGGAAAGGAAGUGUGAAAAACGAAGUGUGUACAUUGAUGCAAGAGAUGAAGACCUUGAAAAAGACACAAUGGAUAACUGGGAUGAGAAGAAGCUAGAAGAGGUGGUGAACAAGAAGCACGGUGAGGCGGAAAAGAAAAAACCCAAAACUCAAAUAGUCUGCAAGUAUUUUCUUGAUGCUAUUGAAAACAACAAAUACGGAUGGUUUUGGGUCUGUCCAGGUGGUGGAGACAAUUGCAUGUAUCGCCAUGCUCUUCCUCCAGGUUUUGUACUAAAAAAAGACAAAAAGAAGGAAGAAAAGCAAGAUGAAAUUUCCUUAGAAGAUCUAAUAGAAAAAGAGCGUGCUGCCUUAGGACCAAAUGUUACCAAAAUCACUUUAGAGUGUUUUAUUGCAUGGAAGAGAAGAAAAAGACAAGAAAAAAUUGAUAAGGCAGAGCAAGAUAUGGAAAGGAGGAAAGCAGAUUUUAAAGCUGGCAAGGCAUUGGUGAUUAGUGGACGUGAAGUAUUUGAGUUCCGACCAGAGCUGGUUGAUGCCGAUGAUGAAGAAGCAGACGACACUCGCUACACCCAAGGAACGGGAGAAGAUGAUGAGGUGGAAGACCCUGUGUGUGUAAAUGAUGUAGACCUGAGUCUGUAUGUCCCAAAGGCUGUAGAUGAAACUGGCAUUACUGUGGCUAGUCCUGAGCGGUUCAGCACAUAUGCUUCAAUAGAAAAAGAUGAUAACAAACUCAGUGAAGCUUCUGGUGGUGAGAUAAACAGCAGUGAACAAAAUGAUUUAGAAGAUCGCGAUGGCGAUGAAGAGUUGGAAAAUGGAGUAAUGGAUGCAGUUCCGGUUGAUGAAAACCUUUUUACUGGCGAGGACUUGGAUGAACUAGAAGAAGAACUAAACACUCUUGAUUUAGAAGAAUGAAUUAAAAAGCUCAAAUGGGAAUUAAAAUCCAUGUGAUAAAGUGCAAACUGACUACACUUUUUCUCCUUCUUGAAUAGAUUUCUUAAACAGGAUGUUUAUGGUUACCUGGCUGAUUCUGAUGGGCACGACAUAUACCAGGAAUGUUUUACUUCAGUCUCAUCUCCAGUCUUGCUAUGAUCACAAUAAAAUACUCAGAAUAGUUCAUAAUUACCUGACAGCUGAAUUUGCAGAGAAUGAGAUAAUAAAUUUCACCCUAAAAGUAGGGAGUGUAACUGCUUUGCCCGUAUGCAGAUGUAAGUGGGAAGUUGAUACCAGGUACAGUAUGAAAUAAAAGUAAAUGUUCUUGACCAGAACUGCAUUUUUAAUAGUGAUUGUGUUGAUUUAGAAACUGCCUGCCUUGCUUUUAGGCAGCACGCUCUAGAGGAGCUGAUGCAGAUCACUUUUCUUUACAUGUUGAUUAGCUUUAUUUGAUCAGCUGGAUACUGAGGAUACAGACAGUGAACUGAUACAUCACGCAGUACAAUAUGGUGCCCUCUGUUUAAAAUGUUUCAAACGUUCCCACUGCCCUUUGCCAACAAAAAUGUAAAUAAAAACUAUCAACUUUAAAAGCCCCGUGUUGAUUUUUCUGUUAAGUUAGGAUAUGACAGCAAACUGAUAAUAACAUGAUUUUCUGAUACAGUGAUGGGCUCUCUCUCUUCAGUCCUCAUGAAGUGAUUGAUGUUGGCUUAAAUUAAAUUAGGGGUAAUGGCUAUUUGAUUUUUUUUUUUCCUACUUUCCAUGCAGUGUGUAAAAUUCAACAGCUGACUUCCCCUCCUGUUCUCAUCUCCCACCCAUCCAUUAACAGAUGUAAUCCAAGCUAUACAAUGCCCAUUCUGGAUUGAGUCUCAUGCUUUCCCUGCUGUGUUCGUAUGUUAGCUAAGACUUUUUGCUCUGUGGAGCAGGGAUGUUACAGUGUAGAAAAUGCCUAUAAUAUCUUGGAUACUCUCAAAGUUGUUCAGUAAUAACAUUUGGCUGAAGGCAGAGCCAUGGAUGUUGCUGUGUACCCUGCAGGGGGCAGCUGUUGUCAGGUUUCAGUGAAGUGAAGGUGCCCUUUUCAAAUUUAUCAAAACCUUACCAUAAUGAUAUCUGUAUAGGUGCUUUAUCAGGGGGGCUGCAAGUUAUGCCUCAUUGCCAUACUACUAAGUAUCUGUAACAGUACUGCUGUACUAAGGGAUAUCGUUUAUAUAUGGCCAUUUUCUAAUGUUUUCAAGUUAAUACUUAAAGUUUGUUAAGCUUCAUGGCGUUGUUAGCAAGCUUACUUGAACCACUGUUGGGUGGUAAUAUGAGCUUUAAUGGUUAUUUUUGACACUGCUGAAUCAACUCUUGUAUCUUGAAUGCUAUUUCUAAAAUAGCUGACUUAAACCUUUUUUGCCCUUUUUGGGAUCUUGGUGGAAUUUUUUCUCUUAUAGGAACAAGAAAAUGUUUGGGGAAAAAGAGGUCUACUGAAAUGGACUCCUAAAUGUAAGUGUUUAAGGACAAGCUGCAAUAUCAGAUAAUAAAUGUUUAUUUCUGCAGAGUUUUCUCUUGUGGCCAUAAACAAAGAGUGUUGACAGAUAAUUGUAUUAUAGUGGCCAGAAAUAGGCUAUCUGGAUAUCAGGACACUUAAGAAUGCAAUUCAAAUUUGAAUGUAUGAUGCAUAAUUUUUCAAAGUUGUAUAUUUUAAAUGGGAAUAAAAUAAUUAUUAAGGAUUCAAAUGGC